AUGACGGAGCCAAAGGCAGCAGCGCCGCUCCCGAAGGAGCUUCGAAUGGCGUGGAAGCGUGCGACGAAGCUUCUGAAACUCAAAGACACGGGGAAAAAGAUUGAGGGCAUCAUGUACUGCGGCACGGAUGGCCGCUUCUUCCGCGAAGGCGGCUGCGUUGCCCAACACGAGGUCUUGCACCAAACGCUGCUGAUGUUUGUCAAGCUGCUCGCGUCCGGCGACCCGGCGCUGUCCUGCGCUGAGAACGUGCUCUACGUGCUCGAGGAAGGGCGGAAGCCCACAUCGCCGUGGAAUAGCGGCGAAUACUUUCUAAACACACUCAGCAUGCCUCUUAGCGACGACUCCAAGAUCGCCGCCAUCAAGAUCUACACAAGCAUGCUGCAGUACUUGGCUCUGAACGGUCUCUUCGUCUUUCUCAAGCACACAGCCGCGCGCGACGAAGCCAUCGCGACGUUCUUUUCAAUUGGAGACGGACCCAAAGGCAUCUUGAGCUUCCUCCACCAUAGUGAGACCCGCUUUGCCGUCCUCGCACUGCAGCUACUCGAGUGGCUCACUCAAAGCGACGUCGGGCGGGAUCGACUUUAUGCCGACGGACUUGUGACGCACCUCACCGAGAAGCUCCAGAGCUGGACGCCCGCGUUCCUUGGGACGAUCGAAGCCGACGUCGUCGACGCCACGUGCCAGUGCCUCAGUCUCGUUGUGCUUGUGCUCGCUCGCGUGCACAUUGUGUCCAACUUUGCGAUCGCUGAAAACGCGACGAUGGUCACCGACGCCGUCCACGCUAUGGUCGCCGUUCUCGCGACGCCAACGCUCCGGGCGCCUGCAAAUCUGGCCACGGCCUUGAGCGUCCUCGCGUCCAUUGGUCGGCUCGUCGAGCGGCACGGUCCGAGCCUCGCCGCUGCGACGCAGACAGGUCUCUUGACGACACUCCUCUACUUCCUCGUCGUCGACGAGCGUGAUCCGCGCGAAGCUUUGGGCUCGGCCGAGGGGACCGACGCCCACGACGGCGACAUCAAAGGCAAAGCCAAAGCAAAAGGGAGUGGGAAGGAGAAGCCCCCAAAAGAAGCGCCGCCACCACCAGUCGAAGAAGUCGACCCCGCGCUGCUCGAGGCCCAAGCCAAGGCCAAGGCCGAGAAGGCGGCCAAGACCAAGGCGUUGUACGCUACGGUGCGCAACGCUGCCGACAAGCUCCUUCACCUCUGUACUGGCGACGGCCCGCUCUUUCUCGAGGAGAAUGUGCUCAUGCAGUACGACGCCUUCCAAGCCAUCUUUGCGAUCCCCGACAUCGCGAUACAGCUGCGCGCAGCGCGCCUCGCGGCCAAGGUGGUGCAACACAAAGAGAACGGAGCCAAGUUUGGCCUCCUUGGCACCCCGUGUCUCUUGACAAUGCUGCAUGAUCAGUUUAAACUCCAGUCGACACCACUAGCAACUGACGCACCCUCCGAGGUGCCGAGCGAUGACGACCGGCAGUCUGCUCAGGUCAAGUAUUCGAGCUUCGUCAUGUAUAUCUCGAUGGCCCUUGCGCCGCUUUCGACCCACAGCACGGACGCCUGCGAUGCGUGUGGGGACGAGACGAGAAGCCCCGUGGGCCCACUCGUGCAUUAUAUUGUCAACCAUGCAGCCGACGGCGACAUAAUGCUUGAGAACCCACUGGCGUUUUCCUGGGGUCUCGACGACCGCUGUAUUUCGCCUCUGGAGCACCCCCCGAUCCGCGCCAAACCUCAAGUGUGGGCUGCGCAGGCCGUCGCAGCCUUGGCGCGCUGCUACGCGCACUGGGUCGCUCUCGCGACGCCGCACCCAGACGAGCCGCCUCCGCCGGUGGAGAAGAAGGGCGCCAAAGACAAAAAGCAGGUUGUCGUCAAGGAGAUUCCAGUGACAGGCGACCGCGUCACGCAGCGCAUCGCUACCCAUGCGUUUGCGCUGCUUCAGUUCCUGAAAGAAAUCACCGACUUUGACGUGCACACCCAAGUGCUCGCGAUCUUGCGCCCGCUGCCGCUGCUCCCGAACGGACGCAAGUCGCUGCUCAAGCAAGCGUUGGACGCGCCGCUGGAGCCGACACCCGAGGGUGUCCAGCUUGGUCACUGGCCGUUUCUGGAGCCCCUCGCGCCCUCCAUGGCCGCCCACACGCGAGUGCUCGAAGCUGUCCUCCACGUGUUUCAUCGCCGCGACUCGCCGCUCGACAACAUUGCGGCCGCCCUCGCGUUGCUCAAGUCGCUUUUGCUCGAUGAAAAAGCGUCUCAGGACGAGUACGACAUGGACCUCUUUGUGAACGCGGGGCUGCACCUCGGCGUGUUGCCGCUGCUCAUUGCGCUCCUCGACACGCAGCGCAUCGAGGCGACACCGAUCGAUGGCCUCCAAACCGCCCUGCGCAGCCUCGCCCAGUACCUCAUCCAACUGGGCAAAACACGUGAGGCUACCGUCCAGGCCAAGCUCAAGGUGUACUUGGACGAAGAGGAAGACGGAUCGCAGCCGCAACUUGACGCGGUCGGUCGCACCAAGACGAUCGCCUCGCGGUACGUCGACUUGCUCUCUCGGCCGUUCGACUUUGGCCGGUUUGGGUAUGUGGCCAAGGCGGCGAUUCACAUGGCGAUCGAUCUCAAUGAAGCGCCGCUCGUGCAGCUCUUGCUCGACGCCGGCGUCUCGGCGCAACUUGCGGACCGCGACGGCUCGUCCUGCCUCAUGCAAGCCUUCGUCGCCGGUCACGACGACAUGGUGCGCGCCCUUCUCGACGCCGGCGCCGAUGUGAACGCGGUCAAUGCCGCCGGGACGCCCGUGCUCAAGUUCAGCCUCUUCUCGUCCAGCGUCGUGCAAGACCCCGCCGUCCAAGCGCUCAUUGCGGCGCGGCACCACAAAACGGGCGACCCUUUUGAGACCGCCAAGGCUCUCGACAGCCUCUACGUCGAGACAAUUUCAAGCUACACGACGCAGUGCCUCGAGCGAGGCAGUGACCCGAACGUCACGAGCGAGCUUGGCACGUACCCACUGCACUGGAUCCUAUCGACGUGCUAUCUCCACGCCAAUAUUCGCGGCUGCGACCUCUGCUUCCGCCUCGACUCGAGAAAGCACCCGGCAAGUGUCAUUGAGCUGUGGACCACCGCGCUCCUCAAUGCAGGUAGUGACAUGAACGCUUGCAGCAAGCUCGGGCGCACGCCACUGCACCUCGCUCUCUUGCACGGCCACAGCGGCCCCGCGAAGCUUUUGCUUGAACGGGGAGCGGAUCCGUUUAUCCGCGAUCGGUUUGGCUGCUUUAGUCUCCACUAUCUCUGUCUCGGGCGCUGCGGCGACGCCAGCGUGGAGCUACUGGACAUGGUCCUCAGCCGCGCGACCAAGUUUGACGUCACGACCGGCGUGCACAACGACCUGCGCAAAGGCAAGUCGGACGCCGCCAAGCGCCUCGUGGAGCUCGACGCGAUCUUUGCCGCGGGCUUUGGAAGCAUUUGCGUCCGCGCAGCCUCAGCAUGUGUCCUUCGACUCCGUCCGAGCUGCUUGUGCACACGAGUCAGUCGGGGUACCUCCCAAUACACUUUGCUUGCGGCGCCACCGAGCCCGACAUUGACGCAAGCUACGAGCACCUUCGAGACUCGCAGCCGACGCGGCGAAAGAUACUUAAUCACCUCGUGUCUGCCUAUGGCGCAGACCUGGCGGCGCCCACGGCGACCCAUGCCAAUGCACUUCACGUCGCGUGCAAGGCCGACGUGGAAGGCGCCAACGCUGACAUUAUCAACUAUCUACUGUUGCAGUCGGGCGUCGGCCUCAACCACGUGCACGACGUAUCGCCCAUUGACCGGCGCACCGACACGCUGCCCAUCGGCGCCUCCGCCGUCUUCAACGACAGCGUCGCGCACGUCUCGAGCGCCAACGUCGCGCUGGGAACGUACCAUCUCUUGACGCAGCCGUGCGGCGACCUCGUUCUCGACGUCCCCGAGACGCAUCUGCGCCACGUGGGCGCGUCGCUUUUUCUGGACGGCGACUUUGCGUACGCACCGAUCCACUACGCCGUGCAGCACAGCGACAAUGCGACGUGGCAGCUUCUGCACGCAGGCGCCGAGCUCACGCCCGAGGGGGCCGACGUCCCGCUCCUCGCCCUCGCGGUUGCUGCCGGGCGCUGCGCGGACGUGAUCGCGUACUUGACGCCGCUCCUCUCGGGACAGAUCCCGACGCGUGUCGAGCUCAACGCCGAGUGGCGCGGCUCGGCGCUGCACUUUGCCGCGCGACGUGGCAGCGCGGAUGUCCUCCGGCCGCUGCUCGCAACGCCGGACGCGGCUCGCCACGUGAAAGUCAAGCACGAUGGCAUGACGCCGCUGCACAUCGCGUGCUUGGCGCCGACGAUCGUGCCGGACGUGAUCUUGCUGCUCGUGGACGCAGGGGCUUCGUUGUGGGAGGUCGAGCCGGUCCUGGACAUGGCGCCCGUCCAUCGGCUGCUAGGCGCCCAUGCGCUGUCGCUCUUGUCCAUCUGCAUUGAGCGAGGGUAUUUGGCGCGCAGUGAUCUGCGGUCUGUCGAGGCCUACGUCGCAGUGCACAUGGCGGACGACGACCAAGCCUGGCUGGCCGAGUUUGCCGAGUGGAUCGCCGAAGCCAAGCGCCCGUCGUACGUACACCAAGCCAACGACGAUGCCGACAACACGAGAGAUGGCGAGUUCAAGGUCCUCCAAGACGAUCCGUGCUCGCCUGAAUUUGUCAUCACCUAACCUCUGCACAGAUAUACUAGUAAAUAUAUUAUGUAUGCGAAGUC